AUGUCGGAAUCUUGGCUGUCAUUCUUCAGUUUGCUGUGUUACCUGGAGGAACUUGAAGAAGAAGCGUUCUCCAAGUUCAAAGAGCUGCUUGAGCAGGAAGUGCUGAAACGUCAGCUGGAGCCCCUUUCUGUGGCCAAGCUGGUGGGGACCUCAAAAAUGAACCUCAUGAGGGUUCUGGUCAAGAAGUACACGGAGAAGCAGGCCUGGGAGAUGACCUUGGAUGUCUUCGAACAGCUCGGUCAGAGACACCUCUGGGAGAAGGCCAAGAAGGAGAUGAGAUGUAAGAUCAACCCCUACAGGAAGCACAUGGAGGCCAAGUUCCGCCUUCUGUGGGAAGAAGAAACCUGUCUCCCAGUUCCAGAAUCUUUCUACAAAGAAACCGUCAAGGUGCAGUAUGAAGACCUGAAAAGCGCAUUCACUUCCGACGGGACAAGCUCAAGGCCGCUCACCGUAGUUCUGAGAGGCCCCGAAGGAAUCGGAAAAAGCACCCUUCUCAGAAGAGUGAUGCUGGACUGGACAGAGGGGAACUUGUGGAGGGACAGAUUCACCUUCGUCUUCUUCCUGGAUGUCCAUGAGAUGAACCACAUGAUAGAGACCAGCUUAGUGAAGUUCCUCUCCAGGGACUGGCCCGAGUCUUGGGAGCCAAUUGAAGACGUUUUCUCCCAGCCCCAGGAGAUCUUGUUAAUCAUAGAUGGCUUGGAGGAGCUGAAGUUGAACUUGAUGCUGGAAAACAAAACAUGUCAUGACUGGAGGCAGGAGCAGCCGGUAGAGAUUAUCCUGCGUAGUUUGCUGCGGAAAAAUCUGCUCCCAGACGCUUCUCUGCUUACUGCAUUGGGACCGUCGGGUUUUGGGAAAAGCAGUUUGUUACAGUACCCGAGAUACAUAACCCUCCAUGGGCUCUCGACGCACGAAAGGAAGCAAUACUUCUCCCAUUUUUUCCUUGAGAAUCAAGCCGUGGAAGCUUCCAGCGUCCUGCGAGACAAGAAAAUCUUGUACUUAUGCCAAACCCCCCUUCUGUGCUGGCUAAUCUGCUCCUGUGUGAAAUGGCAAAUGCACAGAAGGGAGGAACCGGAGAUUGUCGGCCACAAUCUGACGUCUCUGUUUGUGUCUUUCUUCGUCAGCGUGGUGAGAGGAGGCUAUGAGAACACUCCACCCAAGCGGAGCACCUUCCAGAUAAAAGCCUUGUGUUCCUUGGCUGCAGAGGGUUUGUGGUCUCAGAACUUUCUCUUCUGCCAGGAGGACCUGGAGAGGCACGGACUCAUCGGUUACGACGUGUCGCUGUGGCUGGACCUGCGUCUUCUCCGCCGGCACUGUGACCACAUUUCAUUCGCCCACCAGCUGGUGCAGGGCUUCUGCGCGGCCUUGUUCUGCUACACCAGGGAGCCCAAAGACAAGCCCACCUGUGUGGUUUACAACCUCAUCGAUCUGGCCGUGUCUGGUAUCUGGCACAUGCACGACUACUUCCCCCAGCUGAGACUGUUCAUGUUCGGAAUUCCAUCCCUAAGGACCAGGACGGUGCUGGGGACGUCAGUUGGUCUGAAGCUUGGCCAGCAGACGUGGCAGGAGCUAGUCUUGUGUCUCAGAGGCUUCAUUGAGAAAGAGGAUCAGAAGCCCAAUUACCUGGACCUCUUCAGUAGUCUCUACGAGACCAAGGAGCAGAAGUCUGUGACCCAAGUCAUGGAUCGUUUCAGAGACAUGGUGGUUCACAUUGACAGUAUUCGGAGCUGGGUAGUGGCUUUGUACUGCCUGACCCAUUGCCGGAAUUUGCAGGAGCUGAGCAUCUAUGUCGACAAUGUCUUCUCAGAGGACUCUGGCCCAGUCUCGAUGAAAAGGAAGCGCACCCUCUGGAAGAAGCUCUGCUUGGUGUUGAAGGCCAGCAAGAAACUGCGUGUGUUGAAGCUGGACAACUGUGACCUCAGUGACGCCUCCCUGGCAAUUCUUGGCAGAGCCGUGGCGCACCCCAUCUGCCAACUGGAGACCCUCACGUUGGAAAGUUGUAACAUCACACAUGAAAACUGUGCAGACCUCGCAUCUGUCCUCCUGUGCAAUCAGAAGCUGACGUACCUCUCCCUGAAACAAAAUCCCCUGGGAGAUGAAGGAUUCGAGAUACUGAGUGAUGCCCUGAAGCAUCCAAACUGUGUUCUGAUGGUGCUGAUGUUCGAGUUCUGCUGUCUGUCACCCAUCUCCUGUCACUACCUCUGUGAAGUUUUGUUACACGGCCCACCCCUGAUUGUUCUUAAUCUGGAUUCAAAUGUUCUGGGUGAGCAUGGAGUGUGUACCUUAUGUGUCAGCUUGAAGAAUCCACUCUGUCAUGUGCAAGAAUUGCGGAUCUCUGGAUGUCUUCUUACUCCCAGCUGCUGUGAAGAAAUUGCCUCUGUUCUUCCUAUCAACCAUUCUCUGAAGUCACUGAAACUGGGAUACAAUGAAAUCCUGGACGCUGGUGUGAAGCAUCUGUGUGUCGGUUUGACGCACCCUAACUGUAAUUUAGAAAUGCUCACGAUUGAAAUGUGUGGUCUCACCAAUGCCUGCGUGAAGGACCUUGUCUCAGUGCUCACCACCAGCAAAACACUCAGAAUGAUGAACCUUAGUUGGAUCACCUUGGACUACGAUGGCGUGUCAGAGCUGUGCAAGGCCCUGACUGACCCGAACUGUGUCAUGGAUCUAUUCGGGAUACAUAUAGAUGAAAUGGAUGAGAAAAGUAAAAUGCUUCUGCUGUCUGUCGAAAAAAGAAAUCACAGUGUGGCCAUUACAGAUGAACUUUCGCUUUUUGAUGGCUACUACAAGAACGAUACAAUGAACUAG